GUAGUCCAGCUUCACCAGCCCAGAGGUGUGUGGCUUUGCCGAAAUUCCGAGUGCGAGCGUCGGGGGAGACAGACUCGUAAUUCGUCUACAUCCCGAACCUGCUGGAAAUGCAAGACGGACCGGCGAAAGUCCGGUGUCCCUCCACCGGAAAACCCGAAUCCGAAGACGGGUUUGUUUACGGUGGUUGCAGACACUUUCGAAGAAGUAGUCAAGCAAUCUGACGCGCACGUAUUUAUAGACUGCACUGCCGAUUGGUGCGGACCGUCAGUCGUGGUCAAACCCUUCAUCUACCAGCUUGCCAAGAUCACACAGCGACUGGACGAGAUUCGAGUGGCCAUGAUGGACACAGUCGAGAACAUGGUUGACCCUGAUCUUUUCCCGGAGCCUUACAUUCCCAACAUGAAGCUCUUUCUGCGCGACAAGAAGGACGGCCCCAUAAAGUUUGACGGCGUGCGCACUCUCGAGGGCAUGAUCCGGUUCAUUGAAGAACACACGGGGGUUCAAUUGGCAAAGAAGCUGCAGGAGAAGCUUCUGGACAUGAUUUACAUGUGCUAG